AUGGCCAGCCAGAGCGAGGUGAUUGACAGGUUGAGAGCUACGUUCAGGUCAGGCGUGACCUUUCCAGAGCAGUUCCGUAUGACCCAGCUCCAGAGCCUUCUCUCCCUGGUCGAAGAAAACGAGCAGCUGAUACAAGAUGCUCUCCACAAGGACCUCCAUAAGCCCAAGUUUGAGACGGUCCUGUCAGAGAUUCAGAUAACCCUGAAUGACCUGUACUUCGCCAUGGAAAACCUCAGGACCUGGAUGCAGCCGGAAUACAACAUUGGCAAGAAUCUGGCCACUAGGAUGGAUGACUGUUUCAUACGCAGGGAACCCUUGGGGGUAGUUUUAAUCAUCGGGGCGUGGAACUACCCUCUCCAUCUUAUUCUCUUACCUUUGGUUGCUGCAAUUGCUGCAGGAAACUGUGCCAUUCUGAAGCCGUCAGAGAUCUGUCAGGCCACCGAGCAACUCCUGGCAGAACUCAUCCCCAAAUACCUGUCUCAGGACUGCUAUGCAGUACUAUGUGGUGGAGCAGAGGACACCAAGUCAUUGCUGAAGAAUAAAUUUGACCACAUCUUCUACACAGGUUCCCAGGUGGUGGCCCGCUCCAUCCUGCUAGCGGCGGCGCCUCACCUGACCCCCGUCACCCUGGAGCUGGGUGGCAAGAGCCCCUGCUUCAUCUAUGGCCAUAUUGACAUCCAGAAGGCCGCCAAGCGCCUGUGCUGGUCCAAGUUCUUCAACACUGGCCAGAGCUGUGUGGCACCCGACUACGUCCUCUGCACAGCCCAGACCCGGGAUGCCCUGCUGCCCGCUCUCCGGGAGACCCUGCGGACCUUCUACGGGCCGGACCCCGGAGCGAGCCUGGACAUGGGGCGCAUAGUCACCCCACGCCACUGGAGACGCCUGAUGGACAUGCUGGAGAAGUCCAAGGGGAAGGUGGUGAUCGGAGGGGAGAGCCGCGAGGAGGACAGGUAUAUUGCUCCCACAGUGCUGGUAGACGUACAGGAGUCUGAUGCUCUAAUGCAGGAGGAGAUCUUUGGCCCCAUCUUGCCCAUCCUAACCAUAGAGUCUCUGGAGGAGGGCAUAGACUACAUCAACCGCCAAGAGAAACCCCUAGCCCUCUACGUCUUCUCUGACGAGACCUCGGUGGUGACCACAGUGUUGAACAACACCAGUAGUGGUGGUUUCUGCGGCAAUGAUGGUAUAGUACACAUGGCCUUGCCAGGCCUGCCCUUUGGAGGAGUAGGUGCCAGUGGGAUGGGUAGCUACCACGGCCGCUGGGGCUUUGAGACAUUCAGCCACAGGCGGGGCUGUAUGAACCGGAGCUGGUUGCUGGAGAGGGUCAACGUCCUGCGCUACCCGCCCUACAGCGACUACAACCUGGGCUGGUUGCGCUGGGCCACCACCUUCAAGAAGAACAGCUGGGGAGGCUGCUCAGUCAUGUGA